AUGUGAAACUAACUUCAGCGUCGUGUGAAGCACCAAAUGAAAUGCAGAGGGAGAGCAAACUUUAAACGGAUUUUCCACCGUCUUCCCGGUCUUUCAACUCCAGCUCUGCAGAUUCACCACUCUAAUUGUUGCACUGACGGAGAAUAGGACACGAAAAUGUUCUCGUUUCUUCUGGUACUGGUGGCCGUUUGGUUCGUUUAUCGCUGGUUCAAAGAGACCAAAAGAGUUUCCAACAAGCAAGAUAAAUACGUGUACAUCACUGGCUGCGACUCUGGGUUCGGGAACAACCUGGCGAAACAUCUGGACAAGCUGGGCUUCUGCGUGAUUGCGGGUUGUUACACGGAGAAGGGCGAGGUUGAGCUGAAAAAGAUCUCCUCAGAGAGGCUGACGACCUUUUCCCUGGAUGUCACCAAGUCUGAGAGCGUCAGCAAAGUGGCGGCUUCCAUCAAGGCUCUGGUGAAAGAGAAGGGCCUGUGGGCUGUUGUGAACAACGCUGGAGUGGCUACCCCGUCUGGUCCCACGGACUGGCUCACCAUAGAGGACUACAAGUCGAUGCUGGCUGUGAAUCUGAACGGCGUGAUCGACGUGACGCUGAGCGUCCUUCCCCUCAUCAAGAAGGCAAAGGGCAGAGUCGUUAACGUUGCCAGCGUGUUUGGGCGCAUCAGCCCGUUCGGUGGACCUUACUGCGUGUCCAAGUACGCCGUAGAGUCCUUCAAUGACAGUCUGCGUAUAAACAUGGCACCGUUUGGAGUCAAAGUCAUGUGCAUCGAGCCAGGCUUUUUCAAAACAAGCGUCACCGAUACAGAUAUUCUAAAGAAAAACCUGAGGAUGCUCUGGGACAGAUUACCUCAGGAUGUAAAGGACGACUAUGGACCUGAUUACAUGCAGAUAUCUCUCAAAGAGUUGGACAACAGGUUCCAGCAGUUGACGGACUCGGACCUGAUGAAGGUGGUCAGCUGCAUGGAGCACGCUGUCGCCGCCGUUCACCCUCGCUACCGCUACUCCCCCGGAUGGGACGCAAAGUUUGUGUGGUUGCCGCUGUCCUACAUGCCUACCUGCAUCUCAGAUGGACUUUUCCUAAAGAACGCCCCCAAACUGAAAAUAUCCGCCCCGUAGUUUACGCAACAUCAGUACCGGAGUAAACACUCAAAGCUUAUCUGACGAUCACUUGUUUUUCAUGCUCGCUACAAUAGCUUUGAUUCUGUCCAUUAUCAUGUGCUCUUUAUGGAUCUAGCACAUAUAUAAGCAGUGAAUAGGCCAGACAAUCAUUUACUAACAGCCUUUACAUCAUAAAGUUAUGAUGCAAUUGUUACAAUGUCUUUAUCACCUCUGUUAAUAUGUAACACUUUCAUUCUGGAAGUUUUGUCUCACUUAUAAAUAAAAUGGCUUUAAGAUUAUGUUCAGUAUAUUAGUCCCGGAUUUAAACGCAGACAGCAGUGUCUGUAACUUUUGCUCUGAGAGAGUUUCAAAGUCAAUUUAAGGUUAAAACGGGCAGUGCUGUUAUCAAAAUCAAUAGUCGUGUAAUCUUGUUUAUUGUAUUGCACAACACCAUGUUGGGGGACCGUUUACCCCUGCCGUCCUGUCCAAUAUGGACCUUGACUCUGCAAUCACGCUGCGUAACACCACGUGGAGCGUUAAGUUUGUUUAGAGAGGAUUGUCCGUGGAGUUAAUUCGUACAGUCGCAGGUGAGGAAGCCACUCCGUCCCUGAAGCUGUAAACAUGGUAUGUUAUUGUUAUUAUAUGUUAUGCUGCUUGAGUUAUUUGGCACUGAUUGCCAUCGUGUGCACAUAUUAAAGGUUAAACUGUUGAAAGGAUCAAUUGAAUUUCUUCUUUUCUUUUUCCUGCACAAAUGUAGUUUAACGUGGUUUAAUGCCAUCUGGUGGAUGAUUGGAAAUGUUCUCAUUAAAGAACCAGGUUCCCUUCU